AUGGUUGCGCUGUUCUCUUUGAUUCUGUGUCUGCUCUCGGCACUGCCUGCGCGCUGCGAUGGGAGCAUUGGCACCAUCAAGGACUCAUCCGCGUCUCUCGAGGAUGGCCGUGAAGGAGCACUGAUUCACCACGAGGGACAGUCUCCCUCCAGCAUCAAUCGCAGAGCCUCGUACCACUUCGAUGCUCUUGCGAGCGACCUCAACAUCGUCUACUACGGCCAGAGCAACAUCACGGCCAACGUGUCGCUCACCCAGGUCUGCAGUGACGACUCGAUAGACGUGGUGCUGCUGGGCUUCAUCAAGAGCUUCUACAACUCGACCGACGACACCAAAGACAUCAGCAUAACCAUGGACUUCAACACCAUCUGCUUCGAGGCGUCUGCCGCCCAGGUGGACGCCGGACAACCGGAUCUGUUGGACUGUGUGAGCGGUGGGUUCGCCGACGAGAUUGCCAGUUGCCAAAAGCAGGGCAAGAAAGUCCUGAUCAGUGCCGGAUCGGCCAGCGGCGACCUCUACAUCCCGAGUUCCAAGGCGGCAUCCAAGGUGGCCAAGAUGCUAUGGAACAUGUUUCUGGGCGGGACGGAUUCCAAAGUCAAGCCUCUGCGGCCGUUUGGGAACGUGGUCCUCGACGGCUUCGACUUGGACAACGAGAACGCAACCAACGCCAAAUACCUGCCGAAAAUGGUCUCGUCGCUCCGCAAACAGCUGAAGAAGGACAAGUCCAAGUCGUACUACAUCAGCGCCGCGCCCAUCUGUGCCCUACCCGAUCCAGAGACUCCAGUGGCCAAACUGAUCAACGACGUCGACUUCUGGAACGUCCAGUUCUACAACGCCCAGGCAUGCCAACUCGGCAGUGGCCAGGGGUUCCUCGACGCUCUGCAGGCCUGGUCGAAGCUGUUGUUGGACGGCCGAAAGCUCAAAUGUACCGGCUCCGGCGAUGCCCAGAGAUGUACCGUGCCCAAAGGCAAAUUCCAGACCAUCAACAACGACAUCACGUAUCCCCGACUCCUCAUUGGCACGCGCGCCUUCUACUCGGCCCCGAAGGCCGGCUAUGUCGAUCCGCAGACUUACAAGUCCUUGCUCGAGCAGGCCAAGAAGCUGGAUCUGCCGAAUUUGGCGGGCGCCAUGUUCUGGGACGGCACGUACCAGUCUCGCUCGGCCGAAGACGUCGAUGGCAAGAACAUGACUUUUGCACAGGUGGUCAGGAAUGUUCUUUGA